AUGCAUCGCGCCGAGAAAUCGAGCAGCAAAAUCUGCCGUGCUCGAGAAGUGGAAAAGGCCCAAGAGCUUCAUCGGAAAAAGAUCGAUGGUGUCAAAUCGUGCAUGUACGGUAUCGUAUCCAAGCCGCGAUCAUCUACGUCUUUUAACCUGAGACCAGCACGAUCAAAUAUGGGCAGUUUUUCGUCUAUAACCUGUGUGCAAGGUGAGCCACCGCUGAAUGCUGAAUCACCGACGGCCAAAGAAGUCUCGCAGGAUGAGCUAGGGCUCCAAAAAGAUGGUAAAAGUGGUGAUAGCUCGGGUACAAGUGAGACGUGGAUCUUGGAUAACACUACUAGUAGCAAUUCGAGUCAAAAAGAUCAACCGUUGGACGAGUUUCAGCGAUCAUUAGCGAAAAUGGAGGAGUUCCGAGCAGUAGCACCAGUUCCCGGCUUGGGCAGCAUUGCUCCAGCUAAACCUCACUCCAGCAAAUUAGCGGCACCACCUGCAAGAUCCCAAACGAAAUCCAUGAAUGGGUCGGUUCGUGCUAGGCGCUUAAAGGAGAUUAAACACGACAACGUAGAAGUUUUCGAGCGCAUACGGAAAAGCGCCUCACAUUAUAGCAACGAUGAACUUCGACGUGAAUGGCAGAAAAAUGUUUCGUACCUUUCAUCAAUCAGCGAGUUCCCAGUCUCAGAUAGGUCACUGGUAAGUGGAAAUAAGCAUCAUAACAGUGGUUAUGAAAUUCGAAGUUGUUUUGGGCCUCCACCAAGACGCUCAAGCUUCUUAAGAACCACUAAUCGUCCGGAACCUCUACCGGGUAUCCCUGUAAUCGCCCACCCUAUUAAGUGUAUUCCGACAUCUCCGAAGAAGUUGCAACUGAACAUGACACCAGGUUUCCGAUCGCUCCGAAAGGCGAUGCCUCAGCAGCCAUCUCUACCUCCAAUCUCGUCACCACACUGUAUCUUGAGUUCCGGGGCAUCCGGUUCCACCUUAACCACUAGCAACAACGUGCUAUUAUCUCCCAGAGACCGGAAUACUUGUCCUAACAAUCCUGGUAUUGAUCAUCACUUCGCAGAAAGCAUAUCAGGCCAAAAGCCAUACAGAAGCUCUACCGCGAUUGCAUCUACAAAGUUUGUCGGAGAUUUACAUGGGAAUGAAAUAUCGGGUGAUGCAAAGUAUCAACUGCUGAAAACUGGUCGCUUUGUGGGUGGAACAUACCUCGUGUUGACUGUGUUCUGUGGAGACAGUGUGACCAAUCCUUACGGCUUUGACGUCUUCGCGUACCAUCGAGAACUGCAGUGCGAGUAUAAAUUGAUUAUCACUAAGGGAAUGACACAUGAAUUGCUAGACAAAAGCAGUUCAUCAACUUUAGCAGCGACGACGGCAGCCGCGGCAGGGACCAAUUUAUCCAUGCAAGAAAUUGCUCGCAAUAUAUGCGACCACAUUAAUUUCGCCUUACUUGGCGCUGACCAAGGUGAAAUGGUAUUCCUAUCGCCAAAUGUAGACACUAAAAGCGAUCAAGCAAUGCGAUUCGAUGCGUUGCCCGGACUUGUAGCGUUUUGCUUGCAUCAAAUAGUCGAGAUCGAGAGUGACGAGGUUAUAAACCCAAACAAUUCGGUCUUUCAUCUUGUCGGUAGAAAGCGAAGAGCGCACAUAUUUGCGUCGACGUGUCCUCCUAAAACUUUUCCCGGCAAAGUACCGGUGAAUGCACCAAGAAUCGAUGGGGGAAUGGACACAACGGGCCUUACGGUUUGCUUCCAGAUCGUGGACACUAUGUCAUAUCAGUCCAUUGCUCCGAUUCUCAGCGUUGAAGCAAGUGUGAAUGAACUUUAUGACACUAUUCUAUUGGAUUCGUGGCGGAAUCAACAGCACAUAGUGAGUUUGGAACGAAUGGUUGUUGCCGCCAUUCAGCAUCUACACAUCAUAUCAGUUCCCGAUCGCUACGAUGUCAGCACGUUAACGAACGAGCUAAUUGUGAAUUCGCAUGUCAACACGUUACUACAACCUUGUUGUAGUCGACCAGUGGGCACAAGUGCACUUGAGAAGAAACGAUCAAGACAACAACUACCACACUCUACCUCUCAGUUAUUCACGUCACCCAUACGCACUACUCUCUUGACACAGUCUGGCCUAAUCUGGAGAAAUUGUUAUCUUUUGGCCGAGGUUGCACUCGAUACAGUCGGGAACGACAUUAACCGAGAUACGUGGCCUCAUCAUUCGAGGCGGAGGUUCAUCCAGGACGCCAAUAGUGACCUUAUCGUCAGCGUCUUCAAUUCGAACUCGGGUCAUUCCUCCAGCCGAAGGCUUGCACCGGCGACUACCAGCUUUUUGUUAGAGCGACUCAAGACGAAAUCCAACGUCCAUACUGGCGAAGAUAUCAAUGAGCAGCAUACUUUUGCUCGACAAUUACUGACUCAUCUUCAGCUUGAUGUAGACUUGUUUGGCCAAGAAGUGAUUGUGUUCCCCGCGUUAGAACAUCCACAUUCAGCGGUGAACAGCGAAGAACCUGAAAGGCAAUCGGACGAAACCGCACCGCCUGAAGAGCACACACGGGAAUUUUCACUUCUUCGAACGAAUUGGGAUGAGGAAAACAUCAGCGAGGGUGGUGAAGAAGUUGCCAGUGAUGGCUAUGACAGCAAAGAAUUGGAAGAAGCUCGGGAUGAAUACGACGUGGAGGAGGAGAAAGAGCAAGACGACACAAACUCGAGUUUCGCCUCGUACGCCAACCAGGACGAAGCUAACUUAGACGAAAGCCUUGAAGGCCCAAAGACUCACAGUCCGAAAGGAAAAGAAACACCUGAAAACGAAGCUCCACCAGAUCUUGAACCAAGUAUAGGUUGUCAAUGGCGACAAGGUCGUAAAAUCGACGGUCGCUUCUGCUUACUCCAAAAUUCCUCAGACGGCACGAGACAAGCUUAUACCAUCGCAGCACUGGGGCAAUUAGACCUUCUCCAUACGUUAUAGUCAAUACGUUCAAAGGUAACAUUGAAGUACGCUUUAACACAAAAAUGAACUAACAAUUUAGAAG